GAGAGCUCUGAUUGACGCACCUGUGAAGAAGCAGGGCCGCGCGCACCAACACACACACAGGCGCUGCGCAACCGGAGGAACCUACUGCUGUCGGGCUGCUGACAUUUCAGCGGUGGAGACACCGGGCACCAUGAGUCUGUAGGCAGCUACAGCAGCUCCUGCAAUGUCCUACAGCUACAUCCAUCCACAUUAGAGAAGUGAAGACCGGGGACAUCAGCCUCUUUACACACAGCACCCGUUUCUGUGAAGCGACACGAAGGGGUCAUGCGGGACCGGCUGGAGGACUUGGAGGUCAUUCAGGAGGAGGGGUCGGAGGGCGAGUGGGCGGCGGCCAGCGACUCGGAUGAUGACGCCGACGAGGGGGACCUGAAGCCGCAGGCGGUGGUGUUCGAGGAGGACUCGGACAUGGAGGAGCUGCUGAAGGAGGCGCAGGCCAUGCGGCGGGAGAUCGGCGAGCUGCGUCUGGAUGUGGAGCGCCUGCGGAAACAGACGUCGCACGCCACGCAGACGGUCCGGCGCCUCAGCACCAUCUACCGCAGCUCCAACGCCAUCGGGGGGGACGUGAAGAUCCGUGCCGAGGGCCUCGUGCGGCGACUGACCGCGUACGACCAGCGGCGGCAGGACCUGGAGGAGAGGCACGGGCCCAUGGCCGCCGUGGUGCGCAUCGCACGCGCUCAGUACAGCGCCAUCAGCCACGCGCUGCGGCAGGCCAUGGCCGAGUACAACGCCGCAGAGCAGGAGCAGCGCGACUGCUGCCGUCAGCGCUUCCAGAGGCAGGCCGAGAUCCUGGGACGCAACGUCACCACCGACGAGGUGGACCAGAUGGUGGCGGAGGGAGGCUGGGGGGCGUUCAGACAGGACCUGAACCCCGAGGGGAUGACUGCGCGCUGCGCCUUCAAGCAGAUCAAGGAGCGGCACAAGGAGCUGAUCGAGCUGGAGGCGCGUCUGCGUGAUGUCCACGCGCUCUUCCUGAACCUCGCCAUGAUGGUGGAGGAGCAGGGGCCCAUGCUCAACCACAUCGAGCACAACGUGCUGUCCACGCACGAGUACCUGCUCUGCGUCAACGAGAGCUUCAAGACCGCCAUCAAGUACCGCAAGAAGAACCCCUGCAUCAGGAUGUGCUGCGGCUGCUUCCCCUGCUGGAAGAACGCCACCGGCUAAACACACACACACACACACAUAUACACACGCACACACACGGGGAACUCCUGCAUCAGGAUGUGCUGCGGCUGCUUCCCCUGCUGGAAGAACGCCACCGGCUAAACACACACACACACACGGGGAACCCCUGCAUCAGGAUGUGCUGCGGCUGCUUCCCCUGCUGGAAGAAUGCCACCGGCUACACACACACACACACGCGCGUGCGUGAGGCACACAAUAUCCUGCAUGCGUUACUUGAAUUUUAUGUCCUUUACUGAAGGUCUCCUGUAGAGACGUGUGUGUGUGUGCAUCUGUUGUAAACACUUGAAGUAAUCAUUCAUGUUGGGGAAGUGAACUUUGUGAUUGUGUCCUGAAUUAAUAUGUUUGUUGUGAGUCUGUUUAAAUAAUGCGAUUAUGUCUUAAUGUGUGUGUGUGUUGUGAGUCUGUUUAAAUAAUGUGAUUGUCUUAAUGUGUGUGUGUGUGUUGUGAGUCUGUUUAAAUAAUGCAAUUAUGUCUUAAUGAGUGUGUGUGUGUGUUGUGAGUCUGAGCAGGCUGCUUCACGCAUGUCUGUAAUUCUAUCACCACUGGAGAGGAGAGCUGUGUCUGUCGUGUGUGUGUGUGUGUGUCUGUGUCGGUCACUGAACACACCAAAUGAAGGAAGUGUGUGUGUGUGUGUCUGAACGCCCAGUCAGACUUAGAACUCUGGGGAUGACUAAUAACUUAUAAAUACAUUCAAUGAAAUAUAU